CAACAGCUGUAGCACUUGGGCCAUGGCAGAGGACGGGCCACAGAAGCAGCAGCUGGACAUGCCGCUGGUUCUGGACCAGGACCUGACCAAGCAGAUGCGGCUCCGGGUAGAGAGCCUCAAGCAGCGUGGGGAGAAGAAGCAGGAUGGCGAGAAGCUGCUCCGGCCGGCUGAGUCUGUCUACCGCCUUGAUUUCACCCAGCAGCAAAAGCUGCAGUUCGAUCACUGGAACGUGGUUCUGGACAAGCCGGGCAAGGUCACCAUCACAGGCACCUCGCAGAACUGGACGCCCGACCUCACCAACCUCAUGACACGCCAGCUGCUGGACCCCGCCGCCAUCUUCUGGCGCAAGGAAGACUCCGAUGCCAUGGAUUGGAAUGAGGCGGAUGCCCUGGAGUUUGGGGAGCGUCUUUCUGACCUGGCCAAGAUCCGAAAGGUCAUGUAUUUCCUCAUCACUUUUGGUGAGGGUGUGGAGCCUGCCAACCUAAAGGCCUCUGUGGUGUUUAACCAGCUCUGAUGACAGCCCUGACUGCCCUGCACCUGGUCCUAACUCUCCCUUGCCCAGACCACCUUCCUCAAUGUAUUUUGGGGACAUCAUCUAGCUGCUCCUUCUGUGCUCAUCUUGGCCAGAGGCCCCUUAAAUGCCGCAUCCCCUCUUUUUCCCCCGGGUGCCAGUGCUUCGGCUCACAGUGAUGUCCCAUGGCUCCGUAGUCUAGAAGCUGGACGCUGCUACCAUAGAUAGUAGAGGCCUUUGGGUCCAUGAGCGAAGAUGGAUGGGCCUCUUGGAUACCUGUGAUCUCUGCUUUAUUGUGGUGAAGAGCGGGAUUGAGAGAUAAAGACUGACCAAGAGAUGCAAACAGCCAGCA